AUGGAAGUCCUGGUAUGGAACUCAUCUUCUCUCCACCUCAUUCAAAGAAGGCAGAAACUGUCGAGAUUGGCUGGGCUGAAUAUGCUGAUCGUGACGGGCUGCCAUGAGAUUUCGAUGCUGGCAACAUCCCUGCUGAACGUGGAGAAUAGCUCAGCAAGAAAGGAGCUUGGAAGCUCGGGUAAAUGGCUCGAAACAGAUGAAAUUACCACAUCAAAACCUCUGGAUGGGUAA